CCCCGGCGCGCGCUUCUUUUGCUCGCUCCGCCCGAGCCCCCUUGGCGCCCUUCAUUCGGGGCCUUUGUCCGCAGGCAUGCGCGCUGUUGCCGCUCGGGUGCCGAUACGUAGCUCGUUGGCGCCCGUGUUGGUGCCCCUGUGGCACUCUUCGUUCUGUGGCAUUACAGAUCUGGAGGCUCCCGGCGCCCUGUCCGCCGGUCUGAAGGUUGCUUCUUUUGGAUGGCGGAGGCCCGUCCUUGCUUGGCGCUGGCCAUGUCGCAGCCUCGAUAGGUCCGUUGGUCAGGGCGCUGCCUGUCCAGGGACUGUCAUUCUCCGGACGGCGGGUCGGGUGCUGAGUGAGACAAAAAGUGCCUGUCGAAAUGAUAUACAGCCUGUCGCAGUUCA